ACAAAAAUUCCCAAAACCAAACAUUUUGAGAAUGGCUACAUUAGGACAAUCUGUGGCAAAAUAUACAGGAAAUGAAGUGUUAAGGAUAUUGGUAAGAAAGUGGCUGAAAUGAUAGUCCUGGAACCUUGAAUUGUGAAGAGAGAAGGAAGGGAAAAUUUGAGGACAUCACAAGGCCCGCCAGUGCCCUGAGGCUGGAGCUCAGGUAUAGCGGGCACUCCAGAGGGAGCCAGAGGUCCCAAACUCCGGGUGGACUGUUUGAAUUUCCAAUGCAAAGAUCGGACCUAUCGGGGAUGAUUGAGGUCUGAGAUUGACCUUGGAGGAGGUGGAAGAGGCAGCGGGAAGAACUUUCCUGGAAAAGGGGACUGCACAGGUCCCCCUAAAAUCACCAACUGGCCCAGAGGACGUUUUGCCUGCCACGGUGUGGACGUGAUGGGGGCGCGACUGUAUAGGUGAGCCCGAUGCUAAGCCAAGGUAAGCGGGACAGGUACACGCGUGGGAUGGGACGGAGUGUUCGUAUAUGUGGCAUGUGAUAUGUACUGAGGGGACGUGGGGGACACUCGGAUGAGGGGUCUUUGGACAUAUUCGUGGCGCAUGUGGAUAUCGCUGGUGUCCGGAAAAGCGGAGAGAGAAUGCGGAGCGUGGAGCGUGUGCGUGCGGGAGGCGUCCGGUGUCCCUGCACCUGGCGUGUGGGGGCUGGAGCUAUGGGCAGCCGAGGGAAGUGGCCGGAGGAGCCGGGACCGUGCGGGUGGCCGGGCCGGUGGCGCCCGGUAAGCUCCGCCCGCGGGCGCUCCCGGGGCUUCCCCGCCCCUGAGCCUGCUCCCUCCCCCUCGGUCUCGCCGCGCUCGCCCGGUGUCCCAGUGUCACCACCACUCGGCCGCCGCCGCCGCCUGCCCAGCGCGCACCGCCGCCUCAGCCACCGCCGACAGCGCGCAUCCUCCGUGUCCCAGCUCCACCGCUCGAUCAGGUACCACCAUGCAUGUGAAGAAAUACCUGCUGAAGUGCCUGCACCGGCUGCAGAAGGGCCCUGGCUACACGUACAAGGAGCUGCUGGUGUGGUACUGUGACAACACUAACACUCACGGCCCCAAGCGCAUCAUCUGCGAGGGGCCCAAGAAGAAGGCCGUGUGGUUCCUGAUCACCCUGCUCUUUGCCGCCCUCGUCUGCUGGCAGUGGAGCAUCUUCAUCAAGACUUACCUGAGCUGGGAGGUCAGUGUGUCCCUCUCCGUAGGCUUCAAGACCAUGGACUUCCCUGCCGUCACCAUCUGCAAUGCCAGUCCCUUCAAGUAUUCCAAAGUCAAGCAUUUGCUGAAGGACCUGGAUGAGCUGAUGGAAGCUGUCCUGGAGAGCAUCCUAGCUCCUGAGCUGGGCCAUGCCAAUGCCACCAGGGCCCUGAACUCCUCCAUCUGGAACCACACACCACUGGUCCUUAUUGAUGAGCGGAACCACCACCACCCCGUGGUCCUUGACCUCUUUGGAGAUAGACACAAUGGCUCGUCAAACAGCUCAGCAUCAGAAAAGAUCUGUAAUGCCCAGGGGUGCAAAAUGGCCAUGAGACUAUGUAGCCUCAACGGGACCCAGUGCACCUUCCGGAACUUCACCAGCGCCACCCAGGCAGUGACAGAGUGGUACAUCCUGCAGGCCACCAACAUCUUUGCACAGGUGCCGCAGCAGGAGCUGGUGGAGAUGAGCUAUCCCGGCGAGCAGAUGAUCCUGGCCUGCCUCUUCGGAGCUGAGCCCUGCAACUACCGGAACUUCACACCCAUCUUCUACCCUCAUUAUGGUAACUGCUACAUCUUCAACUGGGGCAUGACAGAGAAGGCACUUCCUUCGGCCAACCCUGGAACUGAAUUCGGCCUGAAGCUGAUCCUGGACAUAGGCCAGGAAGACUAUGUCCCCUUCCUCACAUCCACGGCUGGGGUCAGGCUGAUGCUUCACGAGCAGAGGUCGUACCCCUUCAUCAGAGACGAGGGCAUCUACGCCAUGUCGGGGACGGAGACAUCCAUCGGGGUACUUGUGGACAAGCUGCAGCGCAUGGGAGAGCCCUACAGCCAGUGCACCGUGAACGGCUCCGAGGUCCCCAUCCCAAACUUCUACAGUGACUACAACACGACCUACUCCAUCCAGGCCUGCCUUCGCUCCUGCUUCCAAGACCACAUGAUCCGUAACUGCAACUGUGGCCACUACCUGUACCCGCUGCCCCGUGGGGAGAAGUACUGCAACAACAGGGACUUCCCAGACUGGGCCCAUUGCUACUCAGGUCUGCAGAUGAGCGUGGCACAGAGAGAGACCUGCAUCCGCAUGUGCAAGGAGUCCUGCAAUGACACCCAGUACAAGAUGACCAUCUCCAUGGCCGACUGGCCGUCUGAGGCCUCCGAGGACUGGAUUUUCCACGUCUUGUCUCAGGAGCGGGACCAAAGCACCAAUAUCACCCUGAGCAGGAAGGGAAUUGUCAAGCUCAACAUCUACUUCCAAGAAUUUAACUAUCGCACCAUUGAAGAAUCAGCAGCCAAUAACAUCGUCUGGCUGCUCUCGAAUCUGGGCGGCCAGUUUGGCUUCUGGAUGGGGGGCUCUGUGCUGUGCCUCAUCGAGUUUGGGGAGAUCAUCAUCGACUUUGUGUGGAUUACCAUCAUCAAGCUGGUGGCCUUGGCCAAGAGCCUACGGCAGCGGCGAGCCCAAGCCAACUACUCCGGCCCACCGCCCACCGUGGCCGAGCUGGUGGGGGCCCACACCAACUUCAGUUUCCAGCCUGACAUGGCGCCCCACAGCCCCAACACUGGGCCCUACCCCAAUGAGCAGGCUCUGCCCAUUCCGGGCACCCCGCCCCCCAACUACGACUCCCUGCGUCUGCAGCCACUGGAUGUCAUCGAGUCCGAAAGUGAUGGCGAUGCCAUCUAACCCUGCCCCUGCCUACCCCGGUGGCUUGAACUCACUGAGCAGCCAAGACUGUUGCCCGAGGCCUCAUUGGAUGGUGCUCUCUCCAAAGGGUCAAGAAGGUAGCUGUCCAAGCCAGAGCCUGUGUCCUUCAACAGAGAGGCCUCUUCCUGGCCAAGGGCUCCAUAGGGUCAUGGUGCUGGUAGACGAUGCAGGAACUAAUUGUGUCUUCACGUGGUUCCUGCCCUCAUCCCUGACUAUCCUGAUCCUGGCGGGGGUCUGGAGAACCCCUGGAACACCCUCUCCUGAUGGCAGACAACUUCCUUCCCAGUGCCAGUCUCUGACCUCCCCAGAGAGGAACAGGCAGGUGGCCAUGUGGUCUUCACCUUCCUGGCCUCGGCUGGCCCCUGGGACAGGGGUGGUGGAGGGAUGGAAGGGCAUCAGGUGCGGGGCCCUGCCAGGUGACACUUGAUUUACUCUAGGAAAUAAAAGUAGAAAAUACUGAG